AUGGAUCGGAGCCUCCAAUGGAGCAGGCCGGCGUCGCUGCUCCUCUUGGGGGCGGCGUUCCUGGCGGCGACGGCCGUAGCGAGCGCCAACCCGGCGUACAACCCCGACCCCUACAGCGUCGUGGACCACUUCAACCGCGCCGUUCACAGGUCGACUAGCCCGCGUCGUGCGCUGUAUUCGGAGAAGAAGUCGAAGAAGCCAAAGUACACGGGCCCGUGCAUGGCGACGAACCCGAUCGACCGGUGCUGGCGGUGCCGCAAGGACUGGGCGACGGACCGGCAGCGGAUGGCCCGCUGCGCCAAGGGGUUCGGCCGCGAGACCACCGGCGGGCUCAAGGGCAAGAUCUACAUCGUGACCGACGCCAACGACGAUGACUUCACCAACCCGCGGCCCGGGACGCUCCGGUGGGGCGCGGUCCAGACGGAGCCGCUGUGGAUCAUCUUCGCGAGGGACAUGGUGAUCAACGCGUCCCAGGAGAUCAUCAUCCAGAGCGACAAGACCAUCGACGGGCGCGGGGCGCAGGUGCACGUGGCCAACGGCGGUGGGCUCACCAUCCAGCACCAGAACAACGUCAUCAUCAACAACCUCCACGUGCACGGCAUCGUACACACGUCGGGCGGCAACGUGUCGAUGACGGCAACCCACUCCACGAUCCGUACCCGCGCCGACGGCGACGGCGUCUCCAUCUUCAACGCCACCAAAGUGUGGGUGGACCACCUGUCCAUGGAUAAUUGCGAGGACGGCAUGAUCGACGUGGUGGCCAUGUCCACGGCCGUCACCGUCUCCAACACCCACCUGGCCCACCACAACGACGUGAUGCUCUUCGGCGCCACCGAUGGGAAGGAGGAGGACAAGGUGAUGCAGGUCACCGUCGCCUUCAACCACUUCGGGAGAGGCCUGGUGCAGAGGAUGCCUCGCUGCCGCUACGGCUUCUUCCACGUCGUCAACAACGACUACACCAACUGGCUCAUGUACGCCAUCGGAGGCAGCAGCGCGCCCACCAUCGUCAGCCAGGGGAACCGCUACAGAGCACCACCCAACAUGGCUGCCAAGGAGGCGACCAAGCGCGAGUACGCGGCCGAGUCGGAGUGGAAGAACUGGGUGUGGACAUCGGAAGGCGACCUGAUGAUAAACGACGCCUUCUUCAUCACGUCCGGCGGAAAAAUAAGCCAGAAGCUCAACGGUAAGGACCUCCUCAAGCCCAAGCCAGGGGAGUACGUCAGGAGGCUCACCCGCUUCGCCGGCCCGUUGGACUGCAACGCGGGCAGUCCCUGCUGA